GAGCCGUGUGAUUACCAGGGCUGGAGCGAGGACUUGGGAAGAAAAGGAGCAAUAAAUCCAAUAGCCUGUCAGUGCCUUUGACCACAUUGGAAGAUGUCAUCUCAAACUAAGUUCAAGAAAGACAAAGAGAUCAUUGCCGAAUAUGAAGCCCAAAUAAAAGAGAUCCGCACGCAGCUGGUGGAGCAGUUCAAGUGCUUGGAGCAGCAGUCUGAGUCGAGGCUGCAGCUGCUCCAGGACCUCCAGGAGUUUUUCCGCCGGAAAGCCGAGAUCGAGCUCGAGUACUCCCGCAGCCUGGAGAAACUGGCUGAGCGCUUCUCUUCCAAGAUCCGCAGCUCCCGGGAGCACCAGUUCAAGAAGGACCAGUAUCUCCUCUCGCCCGUGAACUGUUGGUAUCUAGUCCUGCAUCAGACCAGGCGGGAGAGCCGAGACCAUGCCACCCUCAAUGACAUCUUCAUGAACAAUGUCAUCGUCCGCCUCUCCCAAAUCAGCGAGGAUGUCAUCAGACUCUUCAAAAAGAGCAAGGAGAUUGGCCUGCAGAUGCACGAGGAGCUCCUGAAGGUCACCAAUGAGCUCUACACGGUCAUGAAAACCUACCACAUGUACCAUGCGGAGAGCAUCAGUGCAGAAAGCAAGCUGAAGGAGGCCGAGAAGCAGGAGGAGAAGCAGUUCAACAAGUCGGGAGACCUCAGCAUGAACCUGCUCCGGCACGAGGACCGGCCCCAGCGCCGUAGCUCCGUGAAGAAGAUUGAGAAGAUGAAGGAGAAGAGGCAGGCAAAGUAUUCUGAGAACAAGCUGAAAUGCACCAAGGCCCGGAACGACUACUUGCUGAAUCUGGCGGCCACCAACGCAGCUAUAAGCAAAUACUACAUCCACGAUGUCUCCGACCUCAUCGACUGCUGUGACUUGGGCUUUCACGCCAGCCUGGCCCGCACCUUCCGGACCUACCUCUCAGCCGAGUACAACCUGGAGACCUCUCGCCACGAGGGGCUGGACGUCAUCGAGAACGCAGUGGACAACCUGGAUUCCCGAAGUGACAAGCACACAGUCAUGGACAUGUGCAACCAGGUCUUCUGUCCCCCCCUCAAGUUUGAGUUCCAGCCCCACAUGGGGGACGAGGUGUGCCAAGUCAGUGCUCAGCAGCCCGUCCAGACGGAACUGCUCAUGCGGUACCACCAGCUGCAGUCCAGACUGGCCACUCUCAAGAUCGAGAACGAGGAGGUUAGAAAAACCCUGGACGCCACCAUGCAGACCUUGCAGGACAUGCUGACUGUGGAGGACUUCGACGUCUCCGACGCCUUCCAACACAGCCGGUCCACGGAGUCUGUGAAGUCAGCCGCCUCCGAGACCUACAUGAGCAAGGUCAACAUCGCCAAGAGGAGAGCCAACCAGCAGGAGACAGAAAUGUUUUAUUUUACAAAAUUUAAAGAAUAUGUGAACGGCAGUAACCUCAUCACUAAGCUACAGGCCAAGCAUGACUUACUCAAGCAGACUCUGGGCGAAGGGGAGAGAGCAGAAUGCGGUACAACCAGGCCCCCCUGUCUUCCCCCUAAACCACAGAAAAUGAGGAGACCUAGGCCUCUCUCAGUGUGUAGCCAUAAACUAUUUAACGGCUGUAUGGAAGCGUUCAUUAAGGAUUCAGGACAAGCUAUACCACUGGUCGUCGAGAGCUGCAUCAGAUACAUCAAUUUAUACGGACUCCAGCAGCAAGGGAUCUUCAGAGUGCCAGGAUCCCAGGUUGAAGUCAAUGACAUCAAAAAUUCCUUUGAGAGAGGUGAAGACCCGCUUGUGGAUGAUCAAAAUGAACGAGAUAUCAAUUCAGUCGCUGGCGUUCUAAAACUGUAUUUCCGAGGACUGGAAAACCCACUCUUUCCUAAGGAAAGGUUUCAAGAUUUGAUAUCUACUAUUAAACUGGAGAACCCAGCUGAGAGGGUGCACCAGAUCCAACAAAUCCUCAUCACCCUUCCCCGCGUGGUCAUCGUAGUCAUGAGAUACCUCUUCGCUUUCCUCAACCACCUCUCGCAAUAUAGUGACGAGAACAUGAUGGAUCCCUACAACCUGGCCAUCUGCUUCGGGCCCACCCUCAUGCACAUCCCUGAUGGGCAGGACCCUGUGUCCUGCCAGGCACACGUCAACGAAGUCAUCAAAACCAUCAUCAUCCAUCAUGAAGCCAUCUUCCCCAGCCCCCGGGAGCUAGAGGGACCUGUGUAUGAAAAAUGCAUGGCUGGAGGGGAAGAAUAUUGUGACAGCCCACACAGCGAGCCAGGGACCAUCGACGAAGUUGACCACGACAAUGGCACCGAGCCUCACACCAGUGAUGAAGAAGUGGAGCAGAUCGAGGCCAUCGCCAAGUUUGACUACGUGGGGCGGUCCCCGCGUGAGCUGUCCUUCAAGAAGGGAGCCUCACUGCUACUGUACCACCGCGCCUCCGAGGACUGGUGGGAGGGUCGUCACAACGGCGUGGAUGGGCUCAUCCCACAUCAGUACAUAGUUGUACAGGACAUGGACGAUGCCUUCUCGGACAGCCUGAGCCAAAAGGCCGACAGCGAGGCCAGCAGUGGGCCACUGCUGGACGACAAGGCCUCCUCCAAAAACGACCUGCAGUCCCCCACGGAGCACAUCUCGGAUUACGGCUUUGGGGGGGUGAUGGGCCGAGUGCGGUUACGAUCUGAUGGAGCAGCCAUCCCCAGGCGCCGAAGCGGGGGAGACACACACAGCCCGCCCCGGGGCCUGGGCCCCAGCAUAGACACGCCACCCCGGGCCGCCGCCUGCCCCAGCAGCCCCCACAAAAUCCCCCUCUCCCGGGGGCGGAUCGAGAGCCCCGAGAAGCGGAGGAUGGCGACGUUCGGGAGCGCCGGCAGCAUCAACUACCCCGACAAGAAGGCGCUCUCCGAAGGGCACUGCAUCCGGUCGACGUGCGGCUCCACCAGGCACAGCAGCCUGGGGGACCACAAGUCCCUGGAGGCCGAGGCCCUGGCAGAAGACAUCGAGAAGACCAUGAGCACAGCUCUGCACGAGCUGCGGGAACUGGAGAGGCAGAACACAGUCAAGCAGGCGCCAGAUGUGGUGCUGGACACCCUGGAGCCCCUGAAGAACCCGCCAGGCCCCAUCAGCUCGGAGCCAGCCAGCCCCCUGCACACCAUCGUAAUCCGCGACCCCGACGCCGCCAUGCGUCGCAGCAGCAGCUCGUCCACCGAGAUGAUGACCACCUUCAAGCCAGCCCUGUCUGCCCGCCUGGCUGGCGCCCAGCUGCGCCCGCCCCCCAUGCGGCCGGUGCGGCCCGUGGUCCAGCACCGGUCCAGCAGCAGCAGCAGCUCGGGCGUGGGCAGCCCGGCCGUGACGCCCACCGAGAAGAUGUUCCCCAACAGCUCGGCCGACAAGUCGGGCACCAUGUGACCUGCGGGGGGGCGGGCACCGCCCCGGCCUGCCGUGGCCCACCGUGGCCGAGGGUGGCCUCUGUGACUCCCACGUCCUCCCGGUGCUCCUGGCCUUGUCGGGCAGG